GAGCUAGAAAGAGAGAGGAAUAAACAAAUAGCCUGGGGAUUUAGCCUGAGGGGUUAUAGAGAGUUGCCAGCGGGUAUGAAGACACAUACUGGAUUUUGGGUGCCUUAGGGAGCAGUGUGUUUGUGCAUGAAUGUGAUUAUUCAAUCCAGAAAUUAAGUUUGCAUACAUUUGACAGGAUAUUAAAGUGGAAGUCGAAGUAGAGUUGGGGUUGUAUGCUUCAAUUAAACUUUGAGGAGUCCUGCAGGUGCUACAACAGUAUGUGACUCGACAGCUGGACUCUGAAUGUUAGAUUUGUAUUCAGGAAGUCAGUGUUGUGGCUCUCUCUGUGCUCCUGGAGCCCCAUGAGGGCCCCGGCCGUGGAGGCCUGGCUGGGAGAUGAAGCCGUCCCCCCUGCUGCUCUAGCAGCUCUGUGGGCCCUCAUGGCUCUGGAAGGCCGCUGUCUGCGCCCUGCCUCGCCCACACCGGGCCAACGCAGGGCCCGCCGUCGCCACGCCCGACCCGGAGCACCACGAGAUGAUCUGUCCCACCUCCUAGCGCGGGCUCACCUCCACGGAUUGCGGCACAUCUGCUCUCCGUCAAACUCUCUCAGCCGCCGGGUCUUUUGGAUGCUAGCCUUCUGUACUUGUCUGGGUCUUCUGUUGUCCUGGUCCUCGAAUCGGCUGCUUCACUGGCUGGCCUUCCCCACUCACACAAGAGUCCAUACAGAGUGGGCGAGAGAACUGACUUUUCCCACGGUCACCAUCUGCAACAAUAACCCCGUACGUUUGUAUCACCUCACUAAGAGCGAUCUGUACUUCGCGGGUCACUGGCUCGGACUGUUGCUGGCCAACCGCACGGCCAGACCCCUGGUGCUGGACCUGCUUCAAGAUGACAGACAGGCAUGGUUUAGCAAGCUGUCAGAUUUCCGUCUUUUCCUGCCUCCACGGCGCUUCGAGGGCACCAGCUUGGAGUUCAUGGACCGACUGGGCCACCAGCUGGAGGAUAUGCUACUGGCCUGCAAGUACCGCGGAGAGCCCUGUGGAGCUCACAACUUCUCCACUGUGUUUACACGUUAUGGGAAGUGUUACAUGUUUAACGCUGCCGAAGAGGGGAAGACUUUGAGGACUACGAUGAAAGGAGGCACAGGCAACGGCCUGGAGAUCAUGCUGGACAUCCAGCAAGAUGAAUACCUGCCUGUUUGGGGAGAAACAGAAGAGACUGCAUUUGAGGCAGGAGUAAGGGUGCAGAUCCACAGUCAGGCGGAGCCUCCCUUUGUACAUGAGCUGGGCUUUGGAGUCGCCCCAGGCUUUCAGACCUUCGUGGCUACCCAGGAGCAAAGACUGACAUACCUUCCUCCUCCGUGGGGCGAAUGUGUGUCCAGAGCCCUGGAUUCAGGCCUCUUUCAGGUGUACAGUGUGUCUGCCUGCCGUAUCGAGUGUGAGACGCGCUACAUCGUAGAAAACUGCAACUGCAGGAUGGUCUACAUGCCUGGUGAUUCUCCGUACUGCACUCCUGAACAGUAUAAGGACUGUGCUGAACCUGCUCUGGCUGCUCUGUCAGCUGUUGAAGGCACAAACUGCAUCUGCAGGAGCCCCUGUAACAUGACUCGAUACAACAAAGAGCUUUCCAUGGUCAAGAUCCCCAGUAAAACCUCUGCACGCUACCUGGAGAAGAAGUUCAACCGGUCGGAGAAGUACAUCACGGACAAUAUCCUUGUUCUGGAUGUGUUCUUUGAGGCUCUGAAUUAUGAGACCAUAGAGCAGAAGAAAGCGUACGAGGUGGCGGGUCUGCUAGGUGAUAUUGGUGGUCAGAUGGGCUUGUUUAUCGGUGCAAGUAUCCUGACCAUACUGGAGCUAUUUGAUUAUGCAUAUGAGGUGGUGAAGGAGAGACUGCUGGACCUGCUGAACCGAGAGGAGGAGGAAGAGAGUCAUGGAGAGGAUGUGAGUACCUGUGAUCCGGUGGUAAACCAUUCGGAAUCGAUUAGCCACACGGUCAGUGUUCCCCUCCAGACCACCCUGGGCACGCUAGAGGAGAUUGCCUGCUGAGCAUCGUAACCCCUCCACACCAACAGGGGGAGCCGGGCCACUCCACUCUAAUGGGUGAAGGACAGAGUAAAACGAGGGAAAGUCUCUGUUGCUUUUUCUCGACAUGUCAUCAUUUGGCACAAACAUGAGAACUGGAAGCCAAGGAGCUUCUCGAGAAACACGAGGACCCCAAAGUUUCUCACAAACACCAUCUGUUUGUUCUGAACUCAUGAAGGAAAGCAGAAGCUUGUGGACCCGUCAGGACAGUCACUUGUAAAAAUAAGACAAACAUGAAAACACGAGCAUGUGAGAAACUGCAGAUGCGCACGGCCUCUGUGUGUUCUCGCGUUCUCUCUUUCUCUCUCUGCCCAGCCGCCAUUUUGAAGUCUACUGCCAAAACACUGUAAAUUAUUAACGGAGAAAAUGUUGUGAAACUGUUCUAACUGUGCAUGUGUCAGUUUCAUGCGUUACAAUGCGGUUUUCUCGAACUUGUCAUCCUCUCUAACGUGUGGAGAUGGUUUUGUCUUCUUGUGCUGUUCGUUUGCGAUGUGUUUCUGCAUCUCAAUUGGCUUCUUGAUGUAUCAGGGAUGCAUCAUAAAACUGAGAGGCCCUUUCUUCUAUCCUUUUUAUUUUUCUAUCCUUCAUAGAAAAGCUGAAUGGGUCACAGUACAAUGGCAGCCAUUAUGAGUUCACUGUGGCAGCGUAUGGCUCUUCUACAUGCUUUCUGGAUCCCAUUUGAAAAAUGAAGAACAACGAGAGUACAGAAAAAAAGUGUUUUUGUCGCUUUCUGCAUAAGAGUAUAGUGAUACAGCUAACAGUUUUCUUUUUGUUAAAUAUGAGAGGUGUUAAUUUGUCAUUUAAAGCUGAUAAGAUCUUUCAUGCUUUUAAUUCAGAGCUGAGAGAUACAUCAGCGCUUUUCUGAGAUUUUUUGACAGCCAUCAUGAUUCUGCUUCCCCAAAUAUCGUAAGUGGGAUAUUUUCAUACAUAUAAAGGAUCUAGAGGCGUUCAUGGUGGUUUAUUAUGUGAGUUGUCGCUAUACUGUUGUCUAUGUCUCAUCAUUUCAGAGCUCUUCAUCUGUGCUGCGGUUUAUUAACACUGUAAUUGCCAUAUGUUAUCUGAUAUUUACUAUGUUCCCACUGUGUUCUUUGAUGAUGGAUGAUAGACAGUUCAAAAGUGUGCUUAUGGUUCUCGGAUCACUUAUACAUCAGUAUGAAUGAAGCCUCAGUUGACCCAUUCAUUCUUCAACAUGUACAGUGUUUCAGCCAAAAUUUAUUAACUGAGGCAAAAUCAUUCAUGCAGAAUGUGCUUUGGCUGAAAAUGAUGAAAAGAGGGUCAGUUCUGGGUGAUGAGAGUGAGCUUGAUUGCAUUUCUCAAUUUAACUCCCCUCAAUAUUCAAUUUAAGAAUAUUGACUGGCGCAAAGCUUGAUUGACUGAGCUUGUGUGUUAAAACUGUAGGUGAAGCUUUUGAAUAAAUUGUUUUGGGACAUGAAGACCGCUGGCAGACAAGUAAUACCAGAAAUGUGUUGACGAGCUCCUGGAAUAUAUAUAUAAAUAAAUAAAAAGGUAUUUAAUCUGGUUUAUUAAGCCUAGGCUUUCACACGUGACCUAGGGCCCCCUUGUCCAAUCAGAUUUGAGCUUAGAGGCAGUAUGCAAAUAUCUGUCAUAAAUAUCCAUGCUCAGAGAUUUUUCUUGGAGGAUUAUUAGUAGUUAUUAUUUGCAUGCCCCCCUUCUGGGGCAACAGUAUUAAGAGCGUGAUUUGCACCUAUAUCGUAAUACGAAAUUUAUUAUAUAAUAACAUUAAGAGCGGAAACAUAAUUUUGCCACAGGGAAUAGAAUAAUGUAUGUGUGCUAUGGGUUGUUUGUGGCAUGUGAGAGAGCCAUGUUAUUGUGUUAAUACAGACACAUGUUGCUUAAUGUGUGUUAUAUUUUAUUCUAUAAAUAUAGUAGGCAAAAAAAGAAAAGAGAAAAAAACAUGCAGAUAUCCAGUCUGGACACUUUCCGGACUUGCAAAGUAUCUGUGACCGAAUGUAAAUGUUUUUAGUUGUUACAUUUGCAAUUCAGUUUGCUAAUCAAAUGUAAUGGGCUGUACAGGAUUAAUGUUUUAUUCUUAUUUGCCCUAAAAUGUGAUGAUUGUUUUCUUAAUAUGUCAAAGAUAGAUCUGUAAACCUCAAAGGGUUUCAAGCACAUGCAAAGGAAAAAAAAAAAUAGGCUAACCAAACAUGUACACACUA